GUUUUGGAGAUUGAAAACUAUUAUUGAAUAAAAUGUCUGUAAAUCCCAAGCAAUUUGAUGGAAGAGUAGUGUUGGUCACCGGGUCGAGUUCAGGUAUAGGUGCGGCCACUGCUAUUAAGUUUGCAACUCUGGGCGCUAAAGUUGUGGUCACCGGAAGAAAUGCACACAAAAUUCUGGAAGUGUUGGCUGAUCUUACCGUUAAACAAGAUAUUCAGAGAUUAGUUGACAAAACUGUGUCAACGUUUGGAAGACUCGAUGUAUUGGUGAAUAACGCGGGAAUCGUUGGCUUAACUGAUAUCGAAGAGAGUGGUGUCGAUGUGAAAGUGAAGGACAUAUUGGAGACAAACGUUCACUCAGUGGUACUGUUGUGUCAUUUGGCU